UGAGCUCCAUCAGCCGCAUCCUGCGGAGCAAGUUUGGCAAAGGCGAGGAAGAGGAGGCUGAGCUGGAAAGAAAAGAGGUGGAGGAAGGUGACAAGAAGGCCAAGCACAGCAUUGACGGCAUCCUCAGCGAAAGAGCAUCAGCACCUCAGUCUGAUGAAGGCUCUGACAUUGAUUCUGAACCAGAUUUGCCUUUAAAAAGAAAGCAGCGUCGCAGCAGGACAACCUUCACAGCAGAACAACUGGAAGAGCUGGAAAGGGCUUUUGAGAGGACACACUACCCUGACAUUUACACCAGGGAAGAACUUGCACAAAGAGCCAAGCUCACAGAGGCUCGUGUCCAGGUCUGGUUUAGCAAUCGUCGUGCCAGAUGGAGGAAGCAGGCAGGAGCCAACCAACUGAUGGCUUUCAACCAUCUGAUCCCUGGAGGUUUCCCACCCAGUGCCAUGCCAACUUUGCCAACGUACCAGCUCUCUGAGCCCUCCUACCAACCCACCUCCAUACCCCAAGCCGUGUCUGAUCCAAGCAGCACCGUCCAUAGACCUCAGCCUCUCCCUCCAAGCACUGUACACCAAAGCAGCCUCCCUUCGAACCCUGAGAGCAGCUCUGCCUACUGCCUGCCCAGCACCAGGCACGGAUUUUCCAGCUAUACAGACAGCUUUGUGCCUCCGUCCGGGCCCUCCAAUCCCAUGAACCCUGCCAUUGGCAAUGGCCUCUCACCUCAGGUAAUGGGACUCCUGACUAACCACGGUGGUGUGCCUCACCAGCCCCAAACUGAUUAUGCCCUGUCCCCUCUCACUGGGGGCCUGGAGCCCACCACCACUGUGUCAGCCAGCUGCAGCCAGAGGUUAGAGCACAUGAAGAGCUUAGACAGCCUGCCCACAUCCCAGUCCUACUGCCCACCAACCUACAGCACCACGGGAUACAGCAUGGACCCCGUCACGGGCUACCAGUACGGCCAGUACGGCCAAAGUGCCUUUCAUUAUCUGAAGCCAGAUAUUGCAUAAAUGAACUGUCCACUUCAAGUUAAAGCUGGUCUUGUUUUCCGGUCCCACUCCAAGGCUUGGAUAUGAGGGAUCUUCUCAACACACUGCAGCCUAAACUGGGGCAGUCCCACUGAGAGAAACAAGCUUGUUAUAUUCUCUCCAGUCAUAGCUUUUAGUAGAUUUUUGAAGGCUGGAAAAAGCUAUACAGAAGACAAAGGCCAAAAGCAAUAAUGAAUAAAUGUGACAUGCUUCAUUAUGAGUGGGUAUACAAAACAGAGCAGUAUUUAACAUCACAGCCUGGCAAACAUUCCAUUUUUUUGUUGUUGUUGAAAUUAAUGUGCAUUGAUUGGGACAAAUGGAACAUUUUGAAACUAAACUUAGAGCAGUUGAGCUCUGCGUAGUCUGACUCAUCUGACAUCCAGUGCUGACUUUAGUCUAACUUUAAAACAGCUCAGUUUCUGAAGCAAGGUUGGAAGAGCCUCUCACUGUACACACUGGAAAUUGCCAUCAAGAGGAAACGCCACAGUCCCUAGGAAGCUGGAUAAGUGUGAAAGACUUCCCGAGCAACUCAUUGGUUACCUUGCUGUGCUUUAUAAUCACCUUGUCAAUAAAUGUCACUCACAGGUUUGGCUUUACCAAGAGAAGAGAUCUUGUGUAACAUGAAACCCAGAUUUUACCUUUUUGUAUGUGUUUUCCCAGUGUGUUUUACCUUUUUAAACAAAUAUGGGAGACAAAAAGCCCCACCAACAACGCGACUGGUUUUUCAUAACUGCCUAGCAAUGUGCAAUACUGUGUACCUCACACAAACUUUGGGAUCAUCCAAAGUCAUAGAUAUAGAAUCAGAACUAUAUUUUUGCAGGUACUUUUAUUUUUGCAGUGCAUAAUUCCUGAUGAUAAAAUACAGAAAUGUUGCAGUCUGCUGGAUUACCGAAAUCCAGCUUGCUAAUCAUGACUUAAAGGUCAUCUUCAGGAAACAAUAGGAAGAAAUUAUUAAGUUUACAUGUUUUUUAGUGCUGUACAGGACAUAGACAGAGAUGGACCUGUAUUUGAGACAUCUGUUUAAAUUAUACAGCAAUAUCCAAUAUAGACAGUAUAAUUAUAGGAACCAAGGUUUACAAGAAGUUUGCAUCGUGACAUUUUAGAAUGUCAAUAAAUUUGUGUUUUGUGAUGUUGAGAGGAAGAGGACGAUGGAAGGUGGGAUUAUUUAUUUCUCUCUAUUCUUGGAACAAAGAGGGAGGCAGAACACAAAUACAUUCCUUUUAGAGUUAAGGACUAUGAAGUAGUGAGUUAGACUAGGUUCAGUACAGAGGUUAGUUCACACAACGGUCUUAAGGGUGAUGGAAAAAUGAAAUAUUAUCUUUGUGUUGCAGCCUCUACAACAAAAUGUGUUGUAAAAAAAAGAAAAACCCAAACAAACAAAAAAAUCAAAAAAAGAAAACAAAAAAGAAAUGUCUUUCAUGUAAAAAGUUCAGUAAAUAUUUACUAUUUAUAAUGAAUAAACAUUAUGAAGACUUUCAAAGCACUGAUGAUUUUGUCCUAAAAUGUAGUAUUGUGAUAAAUACAUUGAUACAUUUUAAUCUGAAUAUCAUGAAGAAAUAA